CUGACUUCCCCGAGCGCUGCCGGAGCCCGAGCCGGGAGCCUCGGGCGUCCGGGGGAGGGCGCGGAGGCGGCCCGAGCGCAUCGCCUCGCCUGGCCCGGGAUGUGCGGGGCGGACCGGCUCGGGGCGCACGGAGAUCCCCAGCUCCGCCGCCGUGCCAGCGCCCCAAUCUGAAGAUCAGGCUCUCUCCUGGCCCCUGGAGCAUGCCCACCCUCCUGCCCAAUGAUCCUCUUGCAGCAUACCGGACUUCCUUCCCCUGAGCAGCUUUCACCCUCUUCUCCUAUGUCAGUGGCCACCAGGUCAAGAGCCACCUUUUUGCUGUCCUCGCAGAGACCUCUGGGGCUGGAGGCCACUUUGCCCCUGACCAGGGCACAGGAGCUUACUCGAGCUGGGGCCGUGGAGCCAGAUUUUGCCCUGGAGGAGCUAUGUAGGCCCCUGUACUGUAAACUCUGUAAUGUCACCUUGAACUCGGCCCAGCAAGCUCAAGCUCAUUAUCAGGGUAAAAAUCAUAGUAAGAAACUCCGGAAUUACUAUGCGGCGAGUACCUGUCCAGCUUCUACCAGAAUGAGCAAUAUAGUGGAGCCUGUACCCCCUCCUGUUGUGCCAGCUCCCCCCCAGGUGGAUGUCUCUAAGCCGGGAAGCAGAGUGAUCAGGGCCACAGAGAAUGAUUACUGUAAGCUCUGUGAUGCUUCAUUUAGUUCUCUAGCUGUGGCCCAGGCUCACUAUAAAGGGAAGAAUCAUGCCAAGAGGACACGACUCGUGGAGGCCCAGAACAACCUGUCCUUGGAUUCAUCAGAGGUGAGUCAACGGAGGACCCGGAAAGAAGGGAAUGAAUAUAAAAUGAUGCAGAACAGGAGGAAUGCAUAUGCUCUUCAGAAUAACACAGGGCCUUACUUCAAUCCCCGAUCUCGACAGUGGAUUCCCCGUGACCUUGCCAUGUGCGUCACCCCCAGCGGCCAGUUUUACUGCUCCAUGUGUAAUGCUGGGGCUGGUGAAGAGAUGGAAUUUCGGCAGCACUUAGAAAGUAAACAACACAAGAGCAAGGUGUCCGAGCAGCGGUACAGGAACGAGAUGGAGAAUCUGGGAUACUUAUAGUGAUGCUCAUUGCUCUGAUUGUAGUUUUCAGAUAAAGCAGUUUGUCUUGCCUGCUUCUUUUGCCUUCUGUCAACCUGUCCUGCUUUGUGGCCAUUUCUAACACGCCUCUGCUUCGAUGUAGAUAUGUGUAAACCUAAUGGUACCUAGAGGCAUUAAAAUCUGAUUAAAAAAGAAUGAGCUUUUUGGGUCAUGAUGGGUUUUCAGGUUAGUUCUGUUCGGCUAAUCUUCAGAAGGCAUGUGGCCUUACCAUAUGGGAAAGUAGCUUUGGAAAAUGACGAUGCAGGGAAGUAUAUGUUUCAGUUCUCCAUGCCUUUAUAUGGGCUACCAUCUUGGUGCAGUAUGAGUAGGAUGAUUGGUACAAAUGGCUUUAGAGUCUUUCCUGACACUUUAAUUCCUAUUAUAAUGUGAUCUCUUCAUAGAAUUACAAGGUUCUUCCAUUGUGUGAAUUUCAUUGAACCCCAACAUAUUGAAUACACCCUCCUUUUGGCCAAGCUUCAUUUCUAGUUUCUGAUCUUUGCCUGCCUUCCACUUCUUUACCACUACCAUCUGCUUCAUAGAUGGACACUUUUCAACUUUAAUCAGCUUGAUUUUAUGUAGUUCUCAGCUAUGCUGCGAGUGUCAUGAGUCUAUACAACUUUAACCUCUGAGCUUUUUAAAAAUGGUAGCGUGGAUGUGUGUAUGAUUAUUUCAGAAAAUGGGCAAAAUUUUGGCCAGUUUUCAAUCCAAGGAUUGUAUUAUGUUGUGUAAUAAUAUGCACUUGUGUGGGAGUUUCUGGCCAUAAGAUUUGGACUGCUUCAUGGACGUUAUGAAUAAUUUCAUGCUCACCCAUUAUAUUUGCUAGGCUGGACCUACUCAAUGUAUCUAAGGGGUACCUGCUAUGUUUUGUUCUGUAAAUAAAGCAGGAAAAAAAUGUA